GGUCAGUAGUAUUCUGCAGCUGCUCGGAGGAGCAGUUCUCCCGAGUAAACGUGGAUAUACGGUGCUGAGGACGCUUUUUACGGAAUUACCAGCUGUGUAGCCUCGUUUUCACACGACGUUUUGUGGAUAUAUUUACGUUUUUUGAACUAUAGAACUUGUGAACAAAAAUGUUGGACAAACGUAUGGUAGCACUGCGCCUGGACGAUGUAGAGGAUGUGAGGGGAAAGACUGCUCCAGCUAAAGAGCCCUUUGAGAAGCAGUACAAGUGUGGAGCUCUUUUGGGAAGCGGAGGAUUUGGCUCUGUUUUCGCUGGGCAGCGUAUUUCAGAUGGUUUACAGGUUGCAAUCAAACAAGUAUGCCAUGACAAAGUACAACAGUGGGCGCGACUGCCUGAUAAACCAAGCUUGGUGCCCAUGGAGAUUGCUCUCCUGCUGCAGCUAGGAAGAGAGUCACCAGCGGGACCAUCUCACCGCGGCAUCAUUCGCAUGCUAGACUGGUUUGAGGUCCCUGGCCAGGGGUAUCUAAUCGUGUUUGAGAGACCACAGCCAUGCAAAGAUCUGUUCGACUUCAUCACUGAACGAGGUGUUGUGGAGGAACCUCUCGCACAAAGGUUUUUGAAACAAGUCGUUGAAGCUAUUCAGUUCUGCCAUUCAAAAGGAGUCGUGCAUCGCGACAUCAAAGACGAGAACAUCCUGGUGGACACCCGAACUGGAGACCUCAAGAUCAUUGAUUUUGGAUCUGGUGCUCUGCUUAAGGACUCUAUUUACACUGACUUUGAAGGAACCAGAGUUUACAGUCCUCCAGAGUGGAUCGUUCAUCAGCAGUACGAGGCCGUCCCCCUCACUGUGUGGUCCCUGGGGGUCUUGCUCUAUGACAUGGUGUGUGGGGACAUUCCCUUUGAGAUGGACAGAGACAUUGUCAGUGCCAACCCCAGUUUCACUAAGCGUAUCUCCAAAGAGUGCCAGUCCCUUAUUCGCUGGUGCCUUUCCUUCCAUUCUAAAGACCGACCAACCCUGGAGCAGAUUUUGCAGCAUCCCUGGAUGUUGGAGAGCGCAGAAGACACUGGAGAUUUUCAAGAGGAGAGCAGCAUCUCUCCAAGCCUUUAAAAUAAAAUGGACUAAAGAUUUUCACAGUAGAAACUUCACAUCCUCUAUUUUUGUUUGUACACUGGACUUUGUUUCACACUGGUUACCAGCUUCUCAACACAUCAUUAUUUAUCACACUCUUUUUUUUUAGUUUACUUUUUGUAUUCUUGGGCAUAUUAUUUUGCCUCCUGCAGACACUAUAUCAGACUAUCUGGUGUCUUUUGCCCAGAAUGAUCCGGCCCUGUUAUGCUGCAGCUCCUCGUGUGCACUCCGAACCUACAGUACAUCCCACACGACCGGAGUUGGAGAUAUUUUUGUUUAUUUUAUUUAUUACUGGUUAUUUAUUGUCAAACAUGCAUAUUAGGUAUUUAUAUUUUGGACUAUAGGAAUAGUGAAGUUUCUGUAGCUGAAAGCAGGCGUUACAGUCUGCUUUACUGAGUUCUCUAUCAGACUGAAUGUUUUAAGAAAACGUAAGGUAACUUGGCGAUGCCUGGUUUUACAGGUUAUUUGUACAAGUUUUGUUCUUAUCCUCGUUUUAAGAGGUGUUUAAAAAAAAGAGACUUUGGCUCUGAUGUCCACCUGCCUUCUCGACCGAGUUCUGUCCCAUCAGCGACUCCUGGAGAUCUAUUUUGCACUGGCGAGGGGAGCGUAGGAGCAGCGUGGUCCACGGCACAAGAGAAGAGAAGAAGUUACAUUCCUUUGGAAUUCUGUUUGGUUUAACAACACUGUUCAGUAGAUGGCGCUCUACUAAAAGAAGAGAAGAGGAGAUACUAACAGCGUGCCUUUGGGUUACUGAAUGUCAAAUGUGUGUAAAUGCAGCAGUUUUUAUGUUGCAUUAAUGUUGUUGUCCUGUUAUUCAGAGUUGUAAUCCACUAGCUGUAUCUACCCAGAGGCCUUAAAGAACAAAAUCUGCCUCCAAAUUUAUAUGCUGUUUACUUGCCAGACAAAUGUUGAAUCUCAUUGUUGGAUUUUUCUGUUUUGUGUCCAUGUUCAACACAGGACCAACUUUGACCAGAUCAUUAUUUGUUCUUUUUUGGGCUGUUUUAAAUUCAAAUAUUUAUUUAAGGUGUUUGAACAUGUUAAGUUUUACCAAAUUAUUAAAUCCCUGCCGUUUUGCUCGGGUUUGCACAACAACUUUGCUGUAAAUACUUGUGUAUUGUUUUUUUGUAAUGUGGCAGGAUUCACAUGACCUUAUUUAAAAGAAAUCUAAAAAUCA